CAUUGCGGAUGGUUAAGUUUUAAAAUUUGAUGUAGAUUGAGAAAACUAAUCAAAACGUGUUAUAGCGUUUAGCUAAUAAGCAAGAGUGAAUGAAUAUAAAUACAAAUUAGUAAAGUAAAUAUGUGAAAACUGAGAGUUUAUAAACAAUGAUACUUCAAACCCUCACGUUUACAUGAAUGUCCUAUGAAGGGUGAACACAAACUUAUGUGCAUACAUAUAUAGUUUUCAGUUUGGUGGAUAGACUCAAAUUAAUUACGAAAUAAUUAAAUUAAGUCAUAAAAAAAUAAAAAUAAUAAAUACAAAAUGUGUGAACUGCUAAGGACAAGUACUUGCCUUAUUUUACUUUUUGCUGUUUUGGCCAAAAGCAAAGAUAAUUUGCGCAUUGCCUUCGAGUGGAAGGAGAUGGACUUUAAAUAUGAGAAUGCUGAGGCACGUUGGACAGCUAUUGAAAAUCACGAAUUUCGUCCAGAUAAUGUUAUACCUUUUGGGCUGGAAGUAUAUAGGACGCGAAUGUAUGUUGCGUUGCCACGUUGGCGAGAUGGUGUACCAGCGUCAUUGGCAUAUUUCGAUAUUAAUGAUAAAUCUACAAAAUCACCAUUACUCAUUCCUUUCCCUAGUUGGGAGGCACAUAAUCUUGCUGAAUCGGAUCCAGAACUUGUUUCUCCCUUCCGAAUUCGUGCUGAUCGUUGUGGCCGACUUUGGGUACUGGACUCACGUAUUGCAGGCGUUUUGGAGAAAACAACUAUAUUUGGACCUGCUCAAUUAUUAGUAUAUGAUUUACAUAAUGACAAUCUUUUGCGUCGCUAUAAAUUCCUUAACAGUCACAUAAAACAGGGUUCGUUUUUCGCAAAUUUAGCGAUAGAGGACUCGGAUUGCGAAAAUUCGUUUGCCUAUGCUGCCGAUUUGGGUGCACCUGGUCUAGUAGUUUACUCAUGGGCACAAGAUGAUUCAUGGCGCGUGCAGCACAAUUUCUUCCAUCCCGAUCCAUUAGCUGGAAAUUACAGUAUAGAUGGUAUAGAGUUUCAAUGGGAUGAUGGUUUGUACGGUUUGGCCUUAUCUAAACCUCAAGAAGAUGGUUUCGCCACACUAUACUUUCAUCCACUCAGCUCAACAACUGAGUUUUCAGUAAGUACAAGUGUACUUAGAAACAAAACGUUAGCUACGUCUGGUGAUAUCUACCAUAAGUUUAACAUUUUGGGAUCACGUGGUUCAAACGAACAAGCAGGCGCUGCAUUUAUAGAUCCACGUACCGAAGUAUUAUUUUAUACUUUACCAAAUCUAAAUGCUCUGGAUUGUUGGAGCACAACUAAUACAGAUUAUUCUGCUAAUACUCAAGGACGUGUUUACAUGAGUGCACAAGAAUUGGUAUUUCCCAGUGAAGUGAAGGUCGAUAUGGAAGACAGGCUAUGGGUACUUUCAAAUAAGUUACAAGAAUUCAUUUAUGAUGAGCUAUAUCCGGGCAGAGUCAAUUACCGCGUUUUGACAGCGAAUGUCGUGGAUGCAAUCGCAAAUACUGAAUGCGAUACCAAGUCGAAGCCACUGCCAGAAAUUGUGAAAACUGAAUUAGACACGAUACUGGACACAGUGAUAAAUUCGACGAAUGAUGUUUCAGUCUCAGGUGUGGGAGUGAGUAGUUUAAGUGGUAUCAUCGUGCUCAUAGCCGCGUGUUUGAUGGGAUUAGCAUAAUUUUUACAUUUAAUCUGAAUAGUUUUAGUCUAACUAACGUUAUUUUGUAUGUAAUGAUUAUAAUAAAUAUUUUUAAGACAAUAGUGUGUCAAACUA